GAUCAACAGCUUUUAGGACACCAUGACCUACUGUCCUGUAUGAUCCAAACUAAAGAUAGUCAAGGGCAGACCACCGUGUGGAGUGCAGGUCUGAAUGGACAGAUCGUUGGCUGGGAUCCUGUGACCCUUACAGCUAAGAAAGAGCUUCAGGUCAAACUAGAUCAAAGAAAUGGCAAAACGCUCUACUCUAUUGCUGAAGUUGGGGACACAUUCUGGUGUGCAACUAGGUUUAACGUUGUAGUUAUUAAUUACAAUGGAGACGAUAAUGAAGCCAAAACGUUAACUCCCAAGGAAGGCGAGCAGAUGAGCGUAGACACCAUGUGCGCAGUCUCUGAAAAGGAGGUUUGGACAGGGUGUGAUAAAAAGGGCCUUGUCGUUAUCUGGAGCACCAAAACCUACAAAAACAAACACCAUACAGUUUGCGAGUGUAACGGGUUCACGUGCAUGCUGAAAGUGGACGACAGAGUCUGGGCGGGAAGCAAAAAUGGUAACAUCUAUGUCAUAGGCGUCAAACAAUUCAAAGUGAUCAUGGAGUUGUCUCUACACCAGGACCGUGUCCGUUCCAUGUGCCUCACGGACGAGGGAUUCGUUGUCUCGGGUCCCGGAUCACGGGACGGGCGCAUUGCUGUAUGGAAAUCUCAUCUAUUCGAAGAGUGCUCCAAUGUGCAACACUCUAGUCACGAACGUUCAAAAUUUCCCCAACAAAUAAUGGAAGAAAUAAGCACUUGUGGUGAAGAAGGUGGCUUCGCACUUGUUUGUAAGAAAAAGACCGUGAAAGUCGACGUGGAUUGCAACAAAAUCCGCGACAAACCGUCACGACCGACAAACAAGAGAUAAAAAGGUCAAAAGCACUUGAUGAACUCUCGCUGUCAAAACUGACAAAGCUUCACAAAUGUAGGAAGCCAUCUUAGAGGUAGUUAUUGAACAUUUCCAAAAGAUAGAUAUAUUUUGUUCUGUUUUGUAAAUUGGGAAACUCUACUUUACAAAUCAAUCAGGAACGCAUUGCACAAGUAAUGGAAAAGUUACCCUCUUUCUUUUAAUUUCUCUUCUUCCCCUUCCUCUUUUUUUUGGUAUUCCUUGUAGCAGAGCUCUAUCUUUCGUAGUUAAAUCAUUACUUUAUUGAGGAAUGAAAAAUUCAUUCGUUUGAAAGGGAAUAGACCAUUAAAACUUGAUAUAGUCAGUUGAAUCACGUUAUGUACAUUAAUUACUGCCGGCAGUCCAGGUUUACAAUUUUCUUUAGGAAACCAAGAAACGAGAAUAUGGUUUUGUUUGUUCUGUUUUUCGUUUUGUAUACAUCAUCGCUUUUCUGACCGUAAGAAUGUAUUGAUAAAUAACUUCCCCUCGUUUUACGUGUUUAUUUAACAAAUAAAAGAGCUGAGAUUACUAGAUAGUGUGAGAAAUUUUACUUUCAAAGUGACAGAAGAUAUUAUUUACACAUAAAACUUUUAAAGUGAAACCCUCGAAAUACUGUAAUUUACAUGAGAUUAAGUUGAUUUUGCCUUUCCCGAGACGCUGUACAUCUUGGGUUUUAGACGAAUUACACACUCUCAUAAGUCCACUCCACGAGCUCUACAGCUAUAACAAUUAUCGUUUUGAAAUAAAGGAUUUGAAUGGAAUGUUGCUGUGCGACAGUUCAACAAUAGUUUGCAGAUGACUUCAAUAUGCGGUAAGACAAAAAUAGUGGCACACGAGGUGCAGCCGAGUUUGUGACGGAUGCGAGAUAAACACGAUACAAUUCACGGUCCUUUCGGAGCGGAUCUUAUCAAAUUCUUCCACUGUCGAUCUGUAUGUGAUAGUUAUGAAGGCGGGAAGCAAUAUGGGAUAUUGUUUCGUUUAUCAAAUAGGCGAUGCCUCUUAUUGACAGAUUUAUUUGAUGACAAGAAUCGUGAUUGACAUUAAUUCUGUAUAUUGAUUUAAAAGCGUUAGGUUAUUAUGUUUCAAACCAGUUUUUCAGUAGAAUAGCAAAGAGAAAGAAAUCAUCUCAUACAGUCUGUAUUUAAAUCCGCGUACCUGAAGAAUCUGCUAUCUGUUGUGUCAAUAUGCCACCGAAGUAAGUUUAGAAGGAUGUUUUCUGAAUUUAGCCAUGAUGAGAUAAAACUUUGCUUUGCGUUUGUUCUGAUUGUGAAUUAUAAAUGUAUUUCUUUUAGAUCGAGUGAUUAUUAAAGUUUGGCUUGAGUUA